UGGGUUUGUGAUGUGGAACCUCUGCAGACCCCUAAGAUUCCAGCUAUCAUCCAUGGAGGCAACUGGAGCAGGCAGGCAGAUGGAGAAGCUGCAGGAGGAUCUCAGCAAGCUGCAGCUUUCAGAGGAGCUCAUGCCUGAAUCCUACAGGAUCAACUCCCCAAAGGAGGAGCAGCUGCUGGAAAUCGCAGAUAACUUCCAGCAGCAGUAUCUGCUCCUGCAUCCUGAGAGUAAACCUCUUCUGCUCUGCCCCGUCAAUGAGUGUGGCGUCAGGGUAAGGAUGAGCCCUCCCUGCAGUUUGACCUUUGCCCCCCGCUCCCGGUCUGAUUCCUCUGGAUUCUGUCUUCCUUUCAGAAGUUCAUAUCCACCACGACGCGUCACCUUCAGGCUUGACGAUCAGCCUUUGAAAGCCGAUCAUCCGGGAACCCCGCUGGAGGACCUUGGUGUGCUGAAAGUGGUGGAGCGUUUCCAUAGGAACCAAUCCAAACCAGCCAACGAAGACGUGGCCCAGCGGGUGUUUCUGCUGCCAGAUUGGAUCCUGUUGACCUAUCACCUCAUGGACCACCACACUAUCCCUUCAGCAAGGCGCAUCAGAAGAAUAAACAAAAACUUUCCCAUACCUCCUGACCUGUGCUCCGAGUUCCAGCUUUACGUCUGCCCAGCAGCAACAAGCCCAGCUGGUCUCCAUAUUCGUGGUCUGUACAUGUACACCAAGUACUAUUUUUAUAGUCUUCUCCAUGAAGCACUUUAUGGACCAGGGGACCAUUUCUCUGUCCAACAUGGUUUUGGUGUUUGGUUCCAUGAUUUCACUUUGGUGUGUCCUUCAUAUACUAUUCUGUUCCAGCUACUGGAAGACAACAUUGUCACAUUUGUGAAAAACGAGCUAAAAAAGAUCCAGAAGGUUCUAAGUCCAGAUGACCCUGAACACUCAGAGACUCUGGAAGAUUAUGAGGAGGUGUUUCAAAAUGAUUAUGAAGAGCAGAGGAGGAUCAGCAGCGAGGCACUGAUGAAGAUUACAGUGAACUUCCUGAAGAUGAUGAAGCAGGAGGAGCUUGCUAACCAUCUGCAAAACAAGCUUCCUGCUUUAGUGUGUCAACCUAAACUUAAAUCCAGUCUGAAGAAGAAGUUCCAGUCCGUGUUUGAGGGGAUUGCCAAAGCAGGAAAUCCAACCCUUCUGAACCAGAUCUACACAGAGCUCUACAUCACAAAGGGAGGCACUGGAGAGGUUAAUGAUGAACAUGAAAUCAGAGUGAUUGAAGAAACAUCCAGGAAACCAAACAGACCAGAAACAACAAUCAGACAAGAAGACAUAUUUAAGGUCUCAUCUGCAGGAGAUCAGCCAAUCAGAACAGUGAUGACAAAGGGAGUAGCUGGCAUUGGAAAAACAGUCUUAACUCAGAAGUUCACUCUGGACUGGGCUGAAGACAAAGCCCACCAGAACAUCCAGUUCAUAUUUCCAUUCACCUUCAGAGAGCUGAAUGUUCUGAACAAGAAAAAUCCAAUCAGAGACUACUAA